AUGGUUAUUUUAUACAGACUUGCGACCUCUAUGAUGACUUAUGGUGUUAUUGAGCCAGUAUUGGAUGAUUGGCAUAGGGUACAGCACAAAGAAGGCUGGUAUUUUUUAUGUGCAGUACCGAUAUGGCUAUUAGAUAAUAGAAUAAGAAGUAGCAGAAUAUAA